GUGGCAAUCACACAUGUUCGAAAUCCCAUCACACUGGCUGGCCUCCAUGGCGUCGGAAGUGUGUCCAUCACGCCACUCGAAUGCUGCAGGGAAGCAAGCGUCCACGAUGACGUCGACGCGACGCCGCCAGCUCUCCAAUCCCCGUUCCAUGAAGUGUCGCCUAUCUUUUUUGUCAACAUGAUCGAAAAAACCGUAAAACGAGCCAAUCACGUGUCUAGGAUUUCUUUGAAAUUCCUUAUUCCAGUAUAGUUUUGAUAUUUACUGUGAGAAUUGAAUUAGUGUGACAAAUAAAUCGCGCGCCAAGACACCACCCUCUAAGAAUUCAAAAACUGAGUCACCGCGAUGGAGCAAGCCUUCUUCGGAGAGAUCGGUCGUCAUUUUCGAAAAGACCCUGCAGAUGAACGUUGUCGCGACGAAAGCGCCUCGCGCCAACAAGCGGAAAGCUUCGUCCAACGUGGCGCUUAGCGGAGGACACUGCAAGGACGAAGGACGCCACGCUAUGAAUCGACCAAAAAAGGUCCAAGCCACGUCGACCUUGUCGACGCGGCCGAGCAAAUCCGUGGAUAUUCGAGAGAAUGGUGCAGAUGUUAGCGGGCAACCAAUCUCCUUCGUGUGCAAAAUGGUGCUGAAGUACAUUGACGACAUGGAACAAAGCGAGCGCGGUUAUCCCAUCGUCCUCCGCGCCAACGCUUUGGAAUCUAGUCUGGGUCUUCCCCGCAGACGAAUCUACGACGUGUUUCACAUCCUCCAGGCCAUUGGACUGCUCGGCAAAGGGCCUCAACUGUUUCCACCCAUUCGGGGGCAUCACUACUACGGAGAAGAUGCAGUGGUUCCAACCAUCGCGAGUGUUAAGGCGAGCGCCGUAGUACUGGUGCACAAGAAGGGGGAAAGACGGUCGAAACCAACCUACCAUGCUCCGUCCAAGCUACGCGUGGUCCCACCAGUCCCCAAUGUCAACGAGCAAGCGGUACCCAAUGGCACCAAACUUCCCGCGCUUUGGCAAGCGACGCAGAAGCUCUUGAAGUGCAUUUUCGCUCGUGGCGGGUCGAUUAGCUUGCGCGAAAUCUACACUUUGGACGACGACAACGAUGGAUCCUCUUCGAAGAGCCGCCGAUAUUACGACGUGCUGGCGGUCUUGUCGGCAUGCAACAUCCUCAAGUUCAACACAGACUCCAAGUUCGACCGAGCCAAGGUCGCCCUCAUGAACCCCGCGCUUUUGACCGCUCUGUCGACCCCCAUGUCAGCCUUCACCGUGUUUGAACUAAUGCGCCUCGAGAACCUUUCGACCAUCGCACAUGUCCCCAGUCCACACAAUCCCAAAGCGACAAGUGACAAGAAACCACGGUUGUGGGCGAAACAAAAGGCGUCCCAGCGCCAACUGAUCGUUCACACCGACACUCCGUCGGCCCAUGCCGCCUCCUGCGAUGGAAAUAUGCGCGAGUGCCAGGACUCGGUGUCGUUUGCGGGUUUGUUAGACACGUCCCUGUUUGACAACGAGCCAUUCGGAGCAUUCUACCCGACAACAACAGGACCCGACGACUGUGCGGCGGACGAACCACAUCGACCUGUCAACAAGAAUGGCCUCAGGUUCCUUCUGUCCCCCUGCAAGCACAUGCACGACCACGACGAGUUCUCGUUUGCGCUGUUCCCACUCGAUUGUGACAACAUGGACGAUUUCACCGACUUGUAGGUAGGGUAGUUAGUAGAGUGGUAGAUUCAAGUAAGGAAUAGCACUGUGUUGGGAAGGAACAAAGUAUACGUAUCGUGA